AUGGAGCAGCCACGCGAGAAGGUCGCAAUAAUAGGCUCAGGCCUGGCAGGACUGGUUAGCGCGAACCUGUUGUUCCACGAUGUCCGUCAACGAUACGCGGUCAGGGUCUUCGAGUCGGGCAAAACGCUUUCGCUAGACGCCGCCUCCAUCUCCAUCCCCGAUGCAGCCACCGACGCCUCCACCCGCGUGGACCUGCCCAUGCGCGCGUUUGCGGGCGGCUACUACAACAACCUCAAGGCUCUGUACGACUACCUGCGCAUCGAAUACAACUCCCAGCCCUUCCUCUUCGAAUUUGCAAAAUGCCGCGAUGGGAGCCCCGAGGCCUUGGCGACUGGCCGCCGCGAUACGUCGUACUUCACACAUGCGUCGAAUCUCCACCAGAUGGCGCCCCGACCGAGCAGAGUUAGCAGGUCCUCGUACCUGAUGCAAUGGCUAUACCUGACGCUUGCCUACUCGUGGUUCGCGCUCUGCUGUUUCUUCUUCGAGCCUAGACAAGGCGAGACUAUGCAGCAGUACCUGGACCGCACAUAUUGCCCGACCUACUUCGUUACCUACUACCUCCUCCCUCUCUUAUCGAGCGUAUCCACUUGUCCACACGAGUCGCUACUCGCCUUUCCUGCCAGCGAUAUCAUCGAGUACAAGCGGAGGAGCCAUGGCGCACCGCACUAUACUGUAUCAGAUGGCGUAGGAGGGGUACAAGACCGCCUGGUCAAGGGUAUCGAUGUUACUCUCGAGGCUACCGUCACAGCCGUCGAGCCCUCUGAAAAGGGCGUUCGGAUAACCUGGUCUCAGGGCGGGUCAGACGCUCAGAAAACGGAAUUCUUCGACAAAGUUAUUCUUGCAGUCGCCCCAGACGUCGUCGGCCGUAUCUUCAGACCCCUCCAACACCACAUGCAGCGCAUACCGACUGCAGUCGUGGAAAGUGUGGUGCAUACGGAUUGGGCAGUCCUCCACGGAAGCGAUGCCAGGCAGAUCGAUAAGAAAGGCGCGCAACUCAUCCACCUCAACACGGCAACCUCCGGUACGCACACGACCGAAUCGCAUCAUGUCCAACCAUGUGGCGUGGUAGUGACCACUUGCCCAUGCACCCCUCUCGAUGAGAAAUGCGUUGCUCAGCGGAGCCGGUUCACGCGCGUUCUUCGCAGCCCGGAGAGCCAGCGCAUCGUCAAUGCCAUAUUUGAUAAGCGCUCGAACUUCGACACAGAUGACAAGUCAGUGCCACAGUGGAGGAAUGGCGAGGACAAUGUGUGGCUCGUGGGCGGCUGGUGUUGGAACGGUAUGGUCCUCCUGGAAGGCUGCGUCGUCUCGGCCAUGCGGGUGGCUGAUGCGUUCGACGUUGCGGUGCCCUGGAGGCAUCAGUAA